UCGAUGCCGCUUCCGCUUCCGGGGCGGACGGCGGCCAAGGCCUUGAGGGGGGAAGAAGGUGACACGGAGCCGCCAUGGGUCUUCAUUUCGGGAACCUAGCGCGGGUCCGCCAUGUCAUCACCUACAGCCUGUCCCCCUUCGAGCAGCGCGCCUUCCCCAACGUCUUCUCCCACGGGGUCCCCAACGUCUGGCGGCGCUUCAGCUCCCAGGUCUUCAAGGUGGUGCCCCCCUUCGUGGCAGCCUAUCUCCUCUACUCCUGGGGAACACAAGAGUUUGAGAGGCUGAAGAGGAAGAACCCUGCUGACUAUGAAAACGACCAGUAAUCGACUUAAUAAGGAGACUGUUACGUCCCUGCGUUAUCGGCGUGGUGUUGCUAAGCUCCUUCACAUGACCAGAAGGGUAUAAAGGGGGAGAUAAAUCUUGUCUAAUAAUAAACUUUAACUUUGUCCCAUGA